AUGGAAUCCCAACUUCGGUAUAACAUCCUGGGAAACUGCAAUCAGUACCAAGAAAGUCCCCUAGAUGCUGAGGCCUCCCUCCUCCUGCUGUUGGGUCUCAUCCUGUUUGUCAACAUUGGGAUCAACGUGACAACUAUGAUGUGGCACAGGCUCCAGAAUGCCUUAGACAAGAUGAUCUCCUGGACGAAUAAGAAAAGUGAACCCACCAAGCCUCCUGAAAGCUGCCCUAAAGAUCACCCAGCCAAGGCCCAAGACCUCCACAUCCACUGCUCCCUGGACCCUGUAGAAGUGAAGCUGGCUCAGUCCACUUCUUUUUCCUCAUUCCACCAUCUCCAAAAUCUCUCCUGCCAACGCCACUGCCGACCCCCCCGCCAUCGCAGUCGCCGCCACCACCACCACCAUCACCACCGCCGCCCACACCAUCGCUCCCCCCGACGCACCUGUCCCCACCACCGUCCCUGCAGCCACCAGCCAAAGCAGUUUCCCCAGAAUGGCUCAGUUUUCCAUAGUAAACAACACUGUUACAGGAGGUUGCAUGCACCCUCCUCUAAUGGGGAAGACCUGCAGGUCUACCUGGAGGAGGAUGACUUGUCAUACCCACGUCCCAAGAAGCCACAGAGACCCUGGGGGGGCCUCUGCAAGCGAUUAGACCUGGCCUCUAACAUGGAACUGUGGGGCCGUAGCGGAGGGAUCCUGGCCAGCCUGCCACCACCCUCUCUUUACCUGUCUCCUGAGUUGCGCCUCAUGCCCAAGCGUGUGGAGGCCAAGUCUGAGCUGAGGCUGCAGACUUACAGGCCCCACUCCUCACAGUCUCACAUCUGGGAGAACGUGGAGGCUGAGCAGUGCACCCUACCUCCACCACCUCCCCGGCGGCUGCCCCUUAACUCUUCCUGUGCCCCUGGAAUGCACAGUCCAUACCCCUCAAGAGGUCACCUUAUGUAUGAUUCCUGGCAUCAGCGGAGGCACUGUCAGCAAAGCUCUGAGGUUCCGUGUGCCCUGGUACCCCGGGGAUCCCGGCCCGAGACCCGGGAGCACCACUCCCCACAUUCCCACCGGAGAAGCCUCCCCAGCGCGAUUUACUGUCAGCCCAACCGCAGCCCACACUCCUCCAUGGCACACUUGAGCCACAACAGCCGGGAAACCCAUGACGGCCGGCGACGGGCAGCUGAAUGGGCUGAGGCACUGCCUGCUCGGCACCCUCUGACCACCUCCACCUCCCUCAGCGUGUUGAAUGAGAUCCCAUGCCAAAGGGGCUCGGUCCCCAAUUCAGUCAUGCCUCCCCAUUCUUCCCAGCCCUCGCCUGAAGUCCAGACUGCUGAGCCCCCCACGCCUGCACCUACCUUCGUGCCACUCAGCCGGAGCCCCGGGGACAAAGCCAACCAUCAGGUGUAUGACAGCCUGGAAUUGAAGCGGCAGGUGCAGGAGAGCAGAGCGCGGGCCAACUCGCUGCCAUCGCCCUCCACGUUGGCCUCCAGACCCUCUCUGCAACGGAGCCGGAAUAUGAAACACAACUAA